GACCACGCUUUGGAAACAAACUUUAAGUUACAGCCCCUCGUGUUCUAGCUGACCGCUUUUCCUCCCUGCCCCGGGAAUCGCGGUGGCAAGUUUUCCGCAGGGAGGGGUGGGGAGGUACGGGAGGAAUGCGUUCGGGUGUUUUCCAGGCACCGGAGAGCUCAGAAGCUAGGGAGGGGCGGUUGGCCCGCUGGGAAGACGGGGGAGGGUUCAUUCCCUCCGCCCCCUUGUCAGCGAGCCCAGCCCGCGGUGCUCCAAGAGGGCAGGGCGCUGGGCGGGGGCCGCGGGGGUCACUGGGCUGGGCUCGCCCCGUCGGCCCCUCCUCUCGGGCCUCUUGUCGCCCCAGUUGUGCUCUUCCUUUUCUGCGUUUCUCCUCCGUGUGCUUGCGGUCUCUGAACUCGCGGAAUGUACUUUUCCUCACACGGUGCCCUUGGUUAGUGCCGUUGAAAGGUGGUUAAAGAAAGAAAAAGGGAACAUCACAGCUCUCAUUCUCUAAGCCAGUGCGUGUCCGGGAGCUCGUUUAAAUGAAUCGGUGAGGGAGCCUGGCAGGUGUCAUUACGGCUCAGAGGGAAGUCACAGCAGCACCGCCUGGCCUGGGAGGCGGCAGGUGAAGGGGCCGAGGUCCAGCCGAUCGAUCGUCUCCAUCAUGGGGGGCGGAGCCAGGACGGGCCAGUCGCGGGGCCCACAGCAUCUCCACCCCCUCAGCCCAGGCCAGCCUGUCAGCCUUUUCUGGUGGUGUCCCCGAGGGCCAUUUUAGACAUUUCUUCCCCCGACUGAUCCCCGUGAAAUGCUCACAGCAAGGACCGUGUUGCCCGAGGUGCAUGCAGUGUGACACCAAGUUUGACUUUCUCACCAGGAAGCACCACUGCCGCCGGUGCGGGAAGUGCUUCUGCGACAAGUGCUGCGGCCAGAAGGUGGCGCUGCGGCGCAUGUGCUUCGUGGACCCCGUGCGGCAGUGCGCCGGGUGCGCGCCGGUGUCGCGGCGCGAGGCAGACUUCUACGACCGGCAGCUCAAGCUGCUGCUGAGCGGAGCCACCUUCCUCGUGACUUUCGAGAACUCCGAGAAGCCGGACACGAUGGUCUGCCGUCUUUCCAGCAACCAGAGGUUCCUGCUUCUGGACGGGGACGGGGACGAUCACCGCGAGGUGGAGGUGGCGCGCAUCGCUGCCGUGCAGAUGCUCACGGAGGGCCUCCAUCCCGGAGACACUCUCUCUCACACCAGCCUCCCCGCCAGCCGGCCUGCCGCCGAAGGAGGCAACGCGAGGGCCACAGGCAUGACCCUGCAGUACACGACCCCGGGGGCGGAGGGGCUGACGCAGCUGACGCUGACAGCCGGCGAGGACCCCGACGGCAGCAGGAGGCAGGCGUCGGCGUGGCUGGCGGCCAUGCACAAGGCGGCCAAGCUCCUCUACGAGUCUCGGGACCAGUAACUCCACACGGGCUGGACGGUCCGCUUGGGGCAGCAGCACCUGCUCAUGGGCGCAUAGGCACGACUAACCCUACAAGUGCUGGAGACGCAGCCAAGCCCUCAGAGCCUGCCUAGUGCAAUAUCGGUUAACGCUCCAGACCAUGCACGCUUUAGAACUUGUCUGACACUUGUUGAUACCUAACUGCGGGGGGAGAGGCUGAGCUACACUACUGCUAAUACUCUCUGCCUUGUUUUUACAAGUGCCCAUGUUUACUAGAAGGUUCUGGUUCCCUGAUGCUCACUGGUCCUUCCACAGACGUGAUCCGGGCAGUGGUCCCCUGGCCUGAUGGGUACUGGUGCGCUUCUCGCACUGCCCGCUCGGCGUGUCACUAACCCAGGGCCACAAACAAACCCCGACACUUCACUGGGGAAGGAGCAUGCUUUGUAUUUUGUACUUCUCACUUUCUAUUUCACUUUAAAAUAACUGUACAACAAUUUGUAUAUAAAGCUUACGAUUAAAACUUAUUUUGAAAGUAA